AUGUCCUCACGACCACGGGAGGGACAAUACCGACCGACCGUCCCGUCACCACUCAACCCUACAUCUCCCCAGACUCUCAGCCGCCAGCCAAAACGAUAUAGUCGAUCACGGACGUCUUUCAAGAAGGGCAACGGGCCCGUCAGUCCUUCACAGAAAUUGAUGCGACAAAAAGCAGAAGCAGCGUGGAAGUCUCUCGCAUCGAGGCGCACAGUCGAAGUACACAGCGCCACAAUGGAAAUCGUCACGAGAUCUGCAAAGCCAAAGAUUGUGCAGAUCGAACCAAGACAGAGCGUUGGACCUGCCAGCGCAGCUAUAAAAAAGACACCGUCACAAGCCUAUGGCUACGGUCAACAACCUCUAUUUGUCGAUGCGUUUGACGGUGGAAAUAUGGGCCUGGGCAUCAUGGUGGAAACUGAUAUAGAGAAACAGUCCAUGGUUGCAUACAGUGACUUUGGUGCCUUGAAGGCAUCGCGGCCAUCCAAUGUGUUGCCUUCCUUUGAAUACCGGUUACGAGGGCCGACGAUCAUGACCCAGCAGCGUAUAUUAUUGACGCUGAGCAUGAUAUGCAUAAUGGGUAUUCUGUCGUCAUUUUUCUCGCACAAGGAACCAUCUUGA